AUGUGUGUUAUCACACCAAGCUUUAAUUGGUGCUGGAGAUUGAACUCAGGGCUCUUUGCACACCAGGGCCUGGGAGGGGCAAGGCCCUACUCCUCAAGAGUGAGAGGGGAGAUGGACUUCCAAGAGCAGGGCAACCAAAUUUCAAAGGUCAGAAGCCCCAGAAGAUCUGGGAACAAAUCCAGUCAAUCUGCUAGGACUAAUUUGGUAGUCGAGACAAAGAAAUUAUGUGAUGUCAACUCUAACUGUGCAAAGUCUCAUCACGUUGACCCCAAAGUAAAGACACCUCUUGAAAAUUGUGCUCCCCGAAGUCACACAUCUGGCACUAGUUGUUCAGCAGAGACCUUCAGUGACCUCCCAACUCACCCCAAUGAACACCUGAGUUCCGGAACCAGGCUUGUACAGAGCCCCAAAGACUCUUCCCAACCAUCAAUGUAUCUUACUAUCCUAAAUGAAUUUUUCAAGCCAGAGAGGCUAACAAAAUUGGAGAACAAGGUAAAAAGAAGGACAGUGGAGGCACUGGAGAAGCUGAGCAAGAAUAUAGAAGAGGCUCGGCUCCAGCAGGAGCAGCUGCUGCAAGACAGCAGGCUGCUGCAGCAGGAGGCGGUCAAUCUAGAGACAGAGAACAACUACUUCCUGAAAUUCCUAAGAAAACAAAAUGAUCAGUGUAAAAAGAAGCACGAGGACCUGUGGAAUCAGUAUUUCCGGGAAUGCGGGGAGCUGAAGCGAAGGAAGCUGGAACUGGCAUCCAGGUUUGCCCGACAAAAUGCAGACCUUCAGGCGCAGCUCCUGCAUGGAAAAAACACCCAGACCCAGUUGAGGCAGCAGGCUCAGUCUCUGAUGCAUAUUAACGAAGUAAAGAAGAGCCAGGACAUGAAAAUGCAGGCCUUGCAGAAGGAGCUGGCAAACAUGAAAGUGGAGACAGUGAUAAAGGACCACCAGGCACACCUGCAGUUCCUGCAGAGAAAGACACUCCUAGACAGGCAGCUGCAGGAACUAAAAUGGCUGCAGAUGGGGAAGGAGGGCACCAAGGAGGUUAAGGACAGGGCCCAGGCCUUGGAGUCCACAGUCAAGAAGGUGAAUUCUGAGUUUUGCUUUAGUUUCCAGAGAGCGUACCAGAAGUUACAGGAGAAACUAGUGAAGCAAGUCCAGGAAUAUCGCAAGCUGGAGUCUAUAAAGAGGCAGCUGGAGGUCUGGAAAGAGCAGCUGAAGGAGGAGCAGUGGGUCCAAGAAGCCUCAGUUAGGGGCAGACAACAACUGAAGGCAGAGAGAGAGAAGUCAGAAUUGUGA